GCACGUAAUUAGACAUCACAGCAUAACUACUAACCUAACAUCACGAAGCUCAGCAACAAGAUAAUAUCUACGCAAUCCUUCUUGUACGAAUACCAUACAUAUAUCUAACUCAUUAAUAUCAUGGCUACCGGACAGAAACUUUAUCCUCGGGCCAGUCUCAAGAAGAUUGUUAAAGCCCAUUCCAAGCGCAAUCUCACCAAAAAUGUCGAUGUAUUGGUACGUUUGAUGUCGCCUCCCCGAGAGAAAGGCCAUUUGCUGAUUCACACAUCGUAGAUAUUCCUUGACUAUAUGCUAUUUCUCGAAACGUAUGCCGCAAUAAUCCCCUUCAGUGGAUCCAUUUGUCUAGGUAUAUUGUCUAAUCGAUCCAGGUUAAUGAAAGAAGCCGGUAUCAAUGCGAAGCAAGCUGGAGAGCGUGGUAUUAGCGCGAAGAGUAUAAAGAAAGUCACAGAAGUAUGCCCAGCUCUCUUGCCGUUUUCUGUAUCCAUAAUAAUCCUCUUUACUAUCUAGUUAUCGCUAUCGAAAUUCAAGGGAUGAGGCUCGAGCUUGGGAGAGUGAUUGUAAGAUUACAAAGUUAUAAUGGAACAACAUCGCAGAAGUGUAUCAGUACGAAGAGUGCUUCAAGUCCAGGAGAUUAUCAGAUGUGCCUCCUAGACGUAGUUGCUACGAAGAAUGUGGGAGUUGGCAGAUAACCAUGUGAAAUACCUAAGGAGGACGGUUGCCAAGGAGGCAGAAGGAGAGUGUAUAAGACGAGGCUGUGGAUUUCAGGCAUUACACGCUCGAGGGGUACAACGCGAAGAUGAUCAGAAUACAGCAAAUUCAGUGAAGCAUGUAUUGAUCAAUUGAGGUUCAAUUGAUUUUAGGAUAACGAUGAAUACCUAGAUAAACCUUCGAUACCUAUUGAAUAAGUCUCAAGCCU